AUGGCGGAUGAAUCCUCCAUUUUCACGAGCUUCCAUUACCAAGCACCGAAGCUUGAAGACUUCCUUGGCGAUUCUUGGUCGAUCGUUAGAUUUUCCGAUAGCCAAACAGAAACCCAAGGUUCGUCUUUAACCCAAAUAUACGAGCCUCAAGAUCUCAAGGAAAUUACUGGAUUUCAAGCGUUCUCGACGAACUCGGGGUCGGAAGUCGAUGACUCGUCGUCAAUGCGCGGAACUCAGUUGGCUCACGUUGAGUUACCAGGUCACUCGAUUGAGCCACGCGGGAACAAUAGUAAAAACAACACUAGCAAGGCCAUUGUUACGGUUGACUCAGGCAGCUCAAAAAAGAUUUCCGAUACAUUUGGUCAACGAACUUCGAUUUACAGAGGCGUCACCAGACACAGGUGGACGGGUAGAUAUGAAGCUCAUCUAUGGGAUAACAGCUGCAGGAGAGAGGGUCAAGCCAGAAAAGGCCGUCAAGUAUACUUGGGUGGUUAUGAUAAUGAAGAAAAGGCUGCUCGGGCUUACGAUUUGGCCGCCGUGAAAUACUGGGGUCUGACCGCUACUACCAACUUCCCGAUUGAGAAUUAUUCGAAAGAGUUGGAAGAGAUGAAGAAUGUUACCAGGCAAGAGUUUAUUGCAUCCAUAAGGAGGAAGAGUAGUGGAUUUUCAAGGGGUGCAUCGAUUUACCGAGGUGUCACGAGGCAUCAUCAACAAGGCCGAUGGCAAGCAAGGAUAGGCCGGGUUGCCGGAAACAAGGACUUGUACCUUGGGACUUUUGCUACUGAAGAGGAGGCAGCAGAGGCAUAUGAUAUUGCGGCCAUCAAACUCCGAGGUGCGAAUGCAGUGACCAACUUUGAGAUGAGCCGGUACGAUGUCGAAGCCAUUGGCAAGAGUUCCCUUCCCAUUGGUGGGGCAGCUAAGCGUCAAAAGCAUUCACUUGAAUUGGACCAAAACCGGAUAGUAAACCAUGAGCAACAACAACAGCUACCCCGGUGCAGCUCCAACAGCCAAGGUAUAAGUUUCGCUCCCAUGCAGCCAGUUUCCGACAUUCCUUGCGGAAUCCCUUACGAUGCUGCAGCAGCAACAGCAUUUUAUCAACAGAAUCUCUACCACCACUUUCAGUCUGCCAACGUAGGCAGCUGCGAGCCCCCCGGAUUGUCAUCGACAACGACAACACCUACAACUGUAAUGUUGCAGCCAGCGGCUGAGUUCUUAUGGCCUCACCGGCCUUAUUAAUGAU